AUGUCACUCAUCUGCUCCAGGCUGCUACUUCGUCCUUGCCCGGCUAGAGUGGCAGGACGUAUUCCCUUGUGCCGCUCUCCAGUCACCAAUGCCAUCAAACCGGUAGUUCAGCGUCGCAACUACGGCAUUCUAGACAAAAUUUUGGGUGAAAACGAUGAGAAUACAAAGGGAGAGAAAAAGAGCGAGGAGCAGAAAACAGAUUCUUUCCUACGAGAUGAUGAUAAAUGUCUGAGCCCCUUCAAAGUGGUUUUCAUAGGCGCCGGCGGUAUCAACUUUGGUAGUGUAUCCGGACCAUGGGGCGAGUCUACUCAAUCUGAGAGAUUUGAGCGAGUUCUAGGGCCGCGCAUGAAAGUUCCCGCCAUCAUUGACCCGAAUGCUACGUUGCUACGCACAACGGUGGAGAACAAGCAAGAUCCAGAGAACCGCUUCCACAGCGCCUACAAAGACACAGCGGAAUUUCGUAGCCUCGACGAAUAUUUAGCCAGCAAACCAGAAAAACCACAUGUUAUUGUCUUUGGUCUUCCUCCGUACCAACGACAAAAAUUGGUGCGGGAUGGUGAUCCAGAGAUUAAGAUUGCGGAUGCGUUUCCUGGAAUCGGGUUGAUGAUUGAGAAACCGGUUGCAGCGGUAGAGGAUCAUGAAAAGUUAAAGAAGAUUGGAAGCAAAUUUCAGGAGAAAAAUCUUAUUGUUAGCGUAGGAUAUAUCUUGAGGUAUCUGAGAGCGGUGCAAAGGAUAAAGGAAGCCAUCGCUCAGAUGCCUAAUCCCGUAAUGGCCACUCAUGCUCGACUCUCGAGCAGCUACGUAACCGAAACUCGUCCCUGGACUUGGCGCAAAAGCGCUGGUGGCGGACCCAUCAUUGAAGAAGGGACCCAAAUAUGCGAUCUGAGCCGAUACCUGUCGAACCGGGAAGUUAAUUUGAAUGACAUUGAUGCCCGUGCUGUCGAGUGGUGGGAGGAGGCUGGGAAACUAGCCUUGAUGCCUGUUGAUGAGAAUCUGAUUCCUGAGGAUGAAAGGAUCCCAAGGGUUACCGGGGCUCUCUGGAAAUACACCUCAGGCGCCGUUGGCACUCUCUUGCACACUAUAAAUCUUCAAACUCCGUCUCCGUAUCCAGACACAGAUGUCGAAGUUCAUGCGGACGGAUAUCUCUUCAAAAUUCUGGACCUUUAUCACGCACCGACGUUGCUUACUCGUGCCGGGGAUCAUGAUCCGUUGGUUCUUCAGUACCAGAAUGAUGACCCUUAUCUGCGCGAGGUGGCCGCGGUUGUCGAUGCCGUCGAGGGAAGGGGCAAAGGCAAGGAGGAAAUCCUAUGUGAUUGGAAUGAUGCAGUGGAAACCUAUUUGCUCAGUUGGGCGAUUAGGAACGCUUCUGAGGAGUAG